AUGUCAAUAGCUAAAAAACCAACAGUAAUAGUAGUUGGAGGACCUGCAGGAACAGGAAAAACCACUCAAGGAGAAUUAUUAGCCAAAUUUUUACAAUGUUCAUUUAUAGAAGGAGAUACACUACAUCCACAAUCCAAUAUUGAUAAAAUGGCACUGGGACAACCAUUAACUGAUGAUGAUAGAUGGGGAUGGCUAAAGAAAUUGAGUGAAAUUUCUAGUAAUGCUGCAAUUAAUGAUUCAAAACAAAUUUGUGUUGUUUCAUGUUCAAUGUUAAAGAAAAUAUAUAGAACUUAUAUCAAGAAUAACUCAGUUGAUCAUGAUAGGUUACAAUUUAGAUUUGUAUUUUUAUAUUCCGAUUUUAAUGAUUUAGUUAAACGUGUAAAUAAUAGACAAGGACAUUAUAUGAAAUCAGAUAUGGUUAAAUCACAAUAUGACAUUAUGGAAAUUCCAAAAGAUGAUGAAUUAUUAGAAAAUGGUGGUGAAGGUUUAGCUAUUGAUACUUUGGAUAAAACAUCAGAUGAAAUUUUUAAAGAAUUGAUUGAAGAAUUAAAAUUGUAA